CUUCUGAGGCUGCUGCCAGUGGUCAAAGCCUCCAACAAAGCUCUGUUGAGCAGUUGUAACCUGUCAGAGAGAGGCUGUGAACGUUUGUUAUCACUCAUCAGCUCCCAGUCCUGCAGUCUGAGAGAGCUGGACCUAAGUACCAACAGCCUGAAGCAUUCAGCAGUAAAGCUUCUGUCGAAUGCAGUGGAGAGUCCGCACGCCAAACUGAAUAUUCUGAGACUCAACGUCUGUGAACUCUCAUUGGAAAACUGUGAAGCUCUGUCCUCAGUUCUCAGCUCUCGAUCCUCUUGUCUGAGGGAGCUGGACCUGAGUAUCAAAAACCUGCAGGAUUCAGAAGUGAAGCUUCUGUCUGCUGGACUUCAAAGUUUAAACUGUAAACUGAAUUCACUGAGACUGAGUGGCUGUAACCUCUCAGAGACAAGCUGUGAAGCUCUGUCCUCAGUUCACACUUCUCAGUCCUCUAAUCUGAGAAAGCUCGACCUGAGUAAUUCUGACCUGCAGGAUUCAGCAGUGAAGCUUCUUUCUGCUGGAAUAAAGAGGUCACAUUGUACAGUGGAAACUCUCAGUCUUUCAGGCUGUCUGAUCACAAAAGAAGGCUGUACUUCUCUGGCCUCAGCUCUGAGCUCCAACCCCUCCCAUUUGAGAGAGCUGGACCUGAGAUACAAUCAUCCAGGACACUCAGGCAUAAAGCUGCUGUCGGCUGGAUUGAAGGAUCCAGGCUGGACACUGGACACUCUCAGGGUGGAGCCUGCUGGAGAACGAUGGUUGACACCAGGUCUGAGGAAGUAUUCCUGUCAACUCACAAUCGACACAAACACAGUUCACACAAACCUCCAACUGUCUGACAACAACAGGAAGGUGACACGUGUGGAGGAGGUUCAGUCAUAUCCUGAUCAUCCAGACAGAUUUGAUGUUCGUCAGCUGCUGUGUAGAAAUGGUCUGACUGGUCGCUGUUACUGGGAGGUCGAGUGGAGAGGAUAUGUUUAUAUAUCAGUGAGUUACAGAAGAAUCAGAAGGAAAGGACGCAGCGAUGACUGUUGGCUUGGACACAAUAAUCAGUCCUGGAGUCUGAACUGCUCUUAUGAUGAUCCUCAUUCAAUCUGGCAUAAUAACAGACAAACAUGGAUCUCCUCCUCCUCCUCUGUCUCUAACAGAGUAGCAGUGUAUGUGGACUGUCCUGCUGGCACUCUGUCCUUCUACAGAGUCUCCUCUGACACUCUGAUCCACCUCCACACCUUCAACACCACAUUCACUGAAACUCUUUAUCCUGGGUUUUGGGUGGGUACUCAGUCCUCAGUGAGUCUGUGCUGAGUAAAGAGUGUCCUACUGGCAAUUUUUUUUCUGACACCUGACAAUUUUUUUUCUGACAACUGACACCUGACAAUUUUUUUUCUGAUACCUGACAAUUUUUUUUCUGAUACCUGACAAUUUUUUUUCUGACAACUGACACCUGACAAUUUUUUGUCUAAUACCUGACGAUGUCCUAAAAUGUACACCGUACUGUCACACGAGGACGCAAGAGUGAGUGAAAAUUUCUGGUGUCUAUGCGGCUACUGCUUGCCAAUGUCAACGGCGACU